GUUGUGCUUAAACAUUUGUUGUAUAAACUCCAGUUAUCAUGACUAAAUACGUGAAUUUCGGUGUAUUCAUAGUGGUAUUGAUAGCUGCUUAUAUAUCCCCUGCUGAAGGAGACUGCGACAAAAGUAAAUGCAAAGGACCAUUACGAUUCUACGAGGAUGUAGCAUGUACUCCGGUGUAUAAAAAAGAAAGUGAUUGUUGUCCCUACAAAUACAACUGUGAUCAUCUGAAAGGAAGAUCAAUAAACAAAUGCUAUGCCAACGGACACGAGUAUAAUCUUCAGGAACCUCUCAGGAAAGAAGAUUCGAAGCCCUGCGAUGUUGGUUGCUUUUGUAAUCAAAAUACGGGCGUUGCUGGUUUCACUUGUGCUAUUGUCGAUUGCUUCACUCGGCAUCUUCCAAAUUGCUAUAAUCCCAGAAAUGCCACCGAGUGCUGUCCAAGGGCUCCAGUUUGUCCUGAGAAGCCCGAGGAUUGGCCGACCUGUGUUGUUGAUGGAAAAACCUACAGAGCACCUGAAUAUUUUUCACCAGCUGCAGAGCCGCAAAAACAUUGUUAUUGCGGUGCUGGAUACAGAGGUCAAAACGUCGAACCCUUCUGCAGAGUGAAAAUUUCUGCCGAAUGUGGAAUUGAACUCCGUCACUCCGAAGAAGUUCACAAUAAUUAUCCACCAGUUUAUUACAGCUCUCAGUCCCCCCAGACUGACUGUCCAGUCGCAUACAGAUAUCAGAAUAGGAAAGAUAAAGUCAUCAGAUCGGAAGGAACGCCCGAACCAUCGGACUCUGAAGACAUGAUGUGUAAAUUCGGAACCCUCAAGAUUCGCCUGGGGGAAGAACUCAACCAGAAAACAAAUUAUGACUCUGUUUGUGUCAAAUGUAUUUGCGAAGUCCCACCGAUUCUCACAUGUCAACGAUUGCCUGACAGUGUAUGUGAUGUCACCGAUCAUCCCGAUUUUUCAGACAUGCAAUAAGUCCAUUCGAAUGAUUUAUUUAUCUCUUUGAGGAAAGCAGAUUUUUUUGUCUUCGUCACGAUUCGAAACUUAUCGCAGCCUCAAUUUCAUUUGUGAUAAUUAAUUGGAACAUUGUUAACCAUACUAAAUAAAAAGUUAUGCAAUUUA